AUGGCAGACAACGUGUCAAAUCGGUCAAGGACUCAUGCCUCCCGCUACUCUCGGUCUUCCAGCAGAUCGUCUACGGCGGCUGCUGCUGCUAUCGCCCAAGCUAGGGCUGAAGCAGCCAAAACACAUUUAGCUUUCAUCGACAAGGAGCUAAAAAUAAGGAUGGAGUUGGAGAAACUACAGCUUGAAAAGGAGACGGCUGCUGCCGUAGCUGAAGCAGAAGUUCUGAGGGAAGCUGCCGACGAGCUAAAAGAACGGUCCAGCUGCAACCACUCAAAACUCGACUGCACUCCCGCUGACCCUAGCACACGGGUCCGAGAAUACUUAGCCGACCAAGCAAGCCAACCGAAACAAGAGAUGACUGGACCCCAACCACCUCUUAAUGAACAAAUCGUUCAGGGAUACCAGUAUGGUCGGUUUGAACGCGGAGACUUCUCCCUCAUAGGCCAGGGAGCCCAGACAGACCUACCCAGACAACCCCACCUAUUAUCAGUUAUCACUCCCCUAACUCACGUGUCGAAGACACCGAACCUCUAA